GCCGGGGAGAGAAAGGAAGGAAGGAAGGGAGAGAGGAAGGGAGGGCAGAAGGCAGGCAGGCGGGCCAUGGCGCUGAGCGGCCCCGAAAGGCAGCCGGAGCCCCCGCCAAGGAGCAGCAGCAGCAGCGACGCCGCGGCCACCGAGGAGGAGGAGGAGGCCGAGCUGGACCCGCAGAGGCUCCGCGCCCUGGAGCCCGAGGACGGCGGCGCGCCCGGGAUCCCGCUCCACUCGCCCUGGACCUUCUGGCUCGACAAAUCACUUCCUGGCACCACAGCAGCCGAAUGUGCAUCAAAUUUGAAGAAGAUCUACACAGUACAAACUGUACAGAUCUUUUGGAGUGUUUAUAAUAAUAUUCCUCCUGUGACAAACCUGCCUCUGAGAUGUAGCUAUCAUUUAAUGCGUGGAGAAAGACGACCGCUGUGGGAAGAAGAAAGCAAUGCCAAAGGAGGUGUGUGGAAAAUGAAAGUCCCCAAAGACAAUACGUCUGCUGUUUGGAAAGAGCUGUUGCUGGCUACUAUUGGGGAACAGUUUGCUGACCGCUGUGCCGGAGGUGACGAAGUAAUAGGGGUUAGUGUCAGUGUUCGGGACCGGGAAGAUGUCGUCCAAGUCUGGAAUGUCAAUGCGUCACUAGCGAGUGAAGCGACAGUUUUAGAAAAGAUCUAUGAACUUCUGCCACACAUGUCUUUUAAAGCAGUUUUUUACAAACCUCACAAAGAACACCAUGCCUUCGAAGGUGGACGUGGGCGACAUUAACAGGACUGAACUCAUAAAUUGUAAUUUUUUUUCCUUUUUUCGAGAUCAUUGUAAUGGGAAGACGGACAGAAGCACCACAAUCCCCGUUUCAUUUUAGAUUCUUUUCUAUUCCUCUUGAGCCACUGUUUUACCCAAAAUCAAGGAGAAUUGCGCCUCUGUUUCUGAUGCUGAGGUUUAUUUUGACUUCUCAAUGCAAAAAAAGUCUCUCCUAUUUAAUUAUUGCUUUCCUUUGAUGGUUGAGGAUUUUGUGGUUAAGUAUUUUGCUGUAUGUAGUUUUUAAGGCCAAUGUGCACAGGCAUGAUAUAUUCUCCAUUUUCCAAGAUUCGCUGCACCUCAGGAGAGAAUGGCUUUGUUGAACCAUGGUUUCUAUUCUGCUUCGUAUUGUUUGCUUUGAGACAUUCCUGUCGAGCAAAGAUCCUACUCACUUCGAAAUUUGCACUGUUGUAAUAUGCAUUAAUGUGCUCCAUGGGAAUGAAUGGAGCUUGCACAGCAGCGGGGCUGACCAGAUGGCUUUCAGUCAUGCCCAACUUAUGCACUGAUAAUGCCCCUACUGUAAGUUAAAAUCACUGGGCAGAGCCUGUGAACCCCGAAUUUAUUUCUGUUUUAACUUAUUCCCAAGACAGAAACACUUCAACAGGCAUUGAGUUGGUAUACACUUGAUGAGAGCCCACAAUUUAGUGGAGUCAGGGUGGAUGUUACCAUCAGGCAGACUGCAAACCAAACUAGGCUGUGCACAAAUACCGUAUUCAUUCUCUUCUAAGAUGCCAUCAGUUGAAAGAUGCACACUCAUUUCAUUUCAUUUCAUUCUUUAUUUAUAUACCGUAUAUACUCGACUAUAAGCUGAGUUUUUCAACUCUUUUUUAGGACUGAAAAAGCCCCCCCCCCCCACCUCGGCUUAUUUAAACUCAAGUGAGGGUCCUGGUCGGCUUGUAUUCAGAUCGGCUUAUACUCAACUAUAGGUAAUCAGAGUUGGACAGUCUUAUCUUAAAUUACAGUUUUAAUAUUCAAAAUGUUAAAUAUUCAAAAGCAUUUAACCUACUGAUGCCUCGGUUAAUGUAAUCUUAUUGGUAUCUUGAAGGAGCUGGAGGUGGCAACGGCCGACAGGGAGCACUGGUGUGGGGUCAUGCAUGAGGUCACAAAGAGUCGGUAGCGAUUGAACAAAUUUUUAUUUUUGAAAUUAACCAGUAGCUGCUGCAUUUCCCACCCUCGGCUUAUACUCGAGUCAAUAAGUUUUCCUAGUUUUUUGUGGUAAAAUUAGGUGCCUCGGCUUAUAUUUGGGUCGGCUUAUACUCGAGUAUAUACGUUAUACAAGAACCACCCACGAUUCCAAGAUGCACCCCAUUUUUAGAGCUGUCUGUAGUGAGGGAAGUGUGUCAUAGAAUUGAAGAAAUACGGUAAAAUGCUGUUAGUGAUCCAUUGUGAUUUCUGUUGUCAUAGCAGUACUUGACCUGUUGCAAUCAAAGCUCAGGGAAGUUAUUUUUGGACUAUGGAAAUGUAGCCUGAAAAGUCACUUUUUUGGUUCUCUGGCCACAAUUGUGCAAAGGAAGCUCAAGAAAGUUAUUUUUAAACUAUGAAAAGUAACUUUUUUUCUUAGCUCUGGCCUUACUUGUGCUAAAGAAGGUCAAAAAAGUUAUUUUUGAACUAUGGAACUGUAGGGUUGAUGUGAGUUUUCCGGCUUGUAUGGCCAUGUUCCAGAAGCAUCCUCUCCUGAUGUUCCACCCACAUCUAUGGCAAGCAUCCUCAGAGGUUGUGAGGUCUGUUGGAAACUAAGCAAGUAGGGUUUAUAUAUCUGUGGAAUGUUCAGAGAAAGAACUCUUGUCUGUUUGAGGCAGAUGUGAAUGUUGCAAAUUGCCACCUUGAUUAGCAUUGAAUGGCCUUGUAGCUUCAAAGCCUGGCUGAUCCUGCCUGGGGAUUCCUUUGUUGAGAGGUGUUAGCCCACCCUGGUUGAUUCUUGCCUGGAAUUCCCCUGUUUUUUGAGUGUUGCUCUUUAUUUACUGUCCUGAUUUUAGAGUUUUUUAAUACUCAAGCAGACAAGAGUUCUUUCUCCUACCCUGGACUUUCCACAGAUAUAUGAACCUCACUUGCUUGGUUUCUAACAGAUCCCUCAACCUCUGAGGAUGCUUGCCAUAGAUGUGGUCGGAACAUCAGGAGAGAAUGCUUCUGGAACAUGAUCGUACAGCCCGGAAAACACACAGCAAUCUAGUUCCGGCCAUGAAAGCCUUUGGCAACACAUAUGGAACUGUAACCUGAAAAGUAAUUUUUUUCUGAGCUCUGGCCACAGUUGCACGAAGGACAUUUAAUAAGUUAUUUUAGGUAGGAAUUGUAGCCUCAAAAGUCACUUUGCUGAGCUCUGGCUAUAGUUGUGGUCAUUAUAUUGUGAAAGUUACCAUCAAAUAUGGAGCAGUAAUUUUGAAUUUUUUUCUGACUACCUUAGAAAUCUUUUUAAGAGAAAUGAAUGAUAUUUCAGUAGGAAACCACAGACUCUCUAUUUUGGAAACAGCUAAUUUUGAUUUUGAAAAAAGUCGUCUUCUGAAAUUUCAAAAAACCGAAUCUUUCGGAAUCUCUGCUGUGGGUCUCCCUUAUAAUAGGAACCUUCACAUGCAUACUUUUAGCACACUUGUUAUAAAACAGAUCUUUCCUAUCCACCAACUCACUCUGAUCAUAUCCCAUUGAAAACCAGUAAUUUUAUUGUAAAAUGCAGUACAACUGUGUGUAGUUAUUACAAGCUAUCAUGGCGCCUUAAGUACAAUGUAGAGAGAAGUCCAUUACACUUUGAAGCAUGAAUGUGAAAAUGUUCAGCAUUUAGUUGAUGUCGUUUUCCUCUCCAUACUGAUUUAUUGGAGGUUUUGGUAUAUUUUUAUUACAGUACCAAAGAUUUAUUUAGUUCCUCACAAGGGGAUGCCAGUGGGGUAGAGAAAUAGUGCAUCUAUCUAGGCUGAAUUGCUGGAUUAGUAUUAGUAUUUUUAAAAUUGUUCUGACUGCACUGAUAUUGACCCGUUUUAAUUUCACAAGAGGUGCCCAUUGGAAUUCAGCGCAUUUCUAAAUAAAUCAAUUUUCCCCUUUUUAAUUUUUGUACUAGUUCAUCUGUAUUUAUGAAUUAAACUUGUGCAUUUAACGAGCAUUAUUAAAAAGUUUUAUAAACUCA